AUGCACGGACAUACUCAGUUCCCUGAACUCGACAGCACUUCAGAAGUAACCAGGCUUAUUUUCGGCCUGCCACCGGCGCCGAGCGGUGGGAAGUCGCAAGUGGGGGAAAUAUGGCGAUGCUGGAUGAAGUGGCCUGCGAUUUCAGUCAAGGGACAACAAUUCGGUCAUCUUGCCAUGGCUGUAAGACAAGGCCAUGCCAACCAAGCCUUGUCCAGCCGGGAAGGUGGCAACGCUGACGCUGCUCGAUCUGUCGGUAUCCCGGCGGUAGAAUUGAUCGAUGUCGCUUUUCGCUACUCAACACUCGGCACCUUUGCUAAAGGCUUCACUCCUGUUUUUGGUGUUUGCAGGCGAAAAUUACCCAACUACCUCCUCGGCAAGAUUCCUAGAUCCAGCAGAUGGCCUGCCGCAGCAGUCCACAUGAAUCGUCGCAAUUUCUUUAAGGAAACGCCGGCACCGACCACGAUUGCCAGCUUCGCCAAUGAAUCAGAGGUGCCUCUCGUCUCCCCUUCUUCAUGCUUCGAGAUGGAUAGUCAAACAGCCUCUAGAUACGGGGACGAGGAAACCGAGAUUCAGCUAGGAUUUGGGGGAAAGGAGCAGUCACUGGUGUUGGUGACAGUGCCAAAGAGAUCAAACAUAAGCAUUCAAGUUAACCAGCACACAACGAAGCAUCCCGAAAGGCAUUCUUGUCAUGCAGGUUUCCCCAUGCCAGAGCUCGCAGCGAAGCAGCCUCGGUCUACCAUGGUAUUCAUUCACACCUGCAAGUACGUCAAACCAUAA